AUGUUUAAUCAACGAGCAACUGCUGACAGGGUUCAAACCAAGAUCUAUCCUGCGGAUGCCAACCUAAUAGUGUCUCUCUUAGACAUCCAUGUCGCACCGCCGGCUCCGGGAGAAAGGCCAAAAGAGCCGCUGGAAAUACUUGAAGCGGGAACAGGUCACGGAUCAUUGACAUUACACCUAGCCCGGGCUAUUAACGCUGCAAACUCAUGUCCACCAAGGCGACCGCCUUGUUCACAGCGACAUAUACUCGAACUACCGGAAACCAAAAAGAAGCCCGCUGAGGAGAAGAAGGUGGUGGAGAAAGAGGAUCGUGAAGCUCAAGCUGAGAUUGAAGGGCUCCAACGCGAAUGGGAUGGAUGGCGUGCGCAACGUAAUGCCAUAGUCCACACCGUAGAAAUAUCCCCACUCUACUCCCAACAUGCAGAAAACAUUGUCCGCGGAUUCCGCCGCGGUAUCUAUGUAGGAAAUGUCGACUUCUACGUUUCCAGCGUUGAGAAAUGGAUCAAGGAGCAAGUGACGCGUCGUUCGACGAAUGAACGGUCGCCGGGCCCUUUCUUGUCUCAUGUCGUUCUGGACAUGCCCUCUGCACACCUGCGGAUCCCGCAUGUCGCCCCGAUCAUGAGAGAUGAUGCGGUCCUGGCUGUUUUUAUGCCGAGUAUAACGCAGCUUGGGGACUGCGUGGAUCUUAUUUUGAAACAGAAACUGCCGCUUUUUCAGGAAAAAGUCGUGGAGUUAGGUCCUGGCAUUAGCAGUGGGAGGCUCUGGGAGCUCCGGAUGGCGACGAAACGGAGUUCCAAUGACACUCUAAGUCAAGAAGCCAUUGCAGAAGAAAUGUCCGAUGAGUCGUCUGAGAGUGUUGCUGAUACGGAGGUAGAGGCUUUCACCAGUCUGUUAAAGAGAGAGAAGAUAAAUGGAGAUGAGGUACUCAUCUGCAGACCUCAGGUGGGGGCGAGAAUUGCAGGUGGCGGAUUUGUAGGGAUAUGGAGGAAAAAGAAAGCCUAG